CAGCAGUUUGAAUUGCUAACCUGUAUGCAGAAAAACCGAAAUUCGCAUGAACGCGCAACGGACCAAAUUAAAAAUAAAACGAUUAAUACCCUCCUACGCUAUUCCGUGAGCCUCUGAUGUCUCAGAAUGGGCAUGGUACACGCUUCAGCGAAGAAAGAGGAGAAAUCAAGCGAAAUGUACAAUGAGAAGGAAUGCAUGCAGUGCGUAGAGCAGCAGGACAGGGGUCCAGGGAAUCCAGGAAGCUUCGAGGACUUGCACAAAAAGGUGAAGGCUCUAUAUCCGCAAAACUUCGAGGGCGCGCGUUUGAUAAUUAAGAAGGUGCUUAGUGACCAUUUCAAUGUUACACAUUCUAUUACGCUGAGCUCUGUGACGCCUUCGGGUUAUAAGUUUGGCGCGAGUUACGAAGGUACGAAGUUGGUGGGACCAAAGGAGAGGUAUCCAGUGAUUAUCGGCCAGAUAUCACCUAAUGGAAAUCUGUCUGCUUCGUUCAUGCAUACACUGGGUUGUCGGUUCCGGUGCAAAUUAUCUGCACAGAUAGCUAAUGGAAUAUGCAAGGCGUCAAGCUCUUCCGCAGAAUAUCGCGCGAACGACUUUACACUAGCAAUGACAAUGGCGAACCCGGAUAUUGUUAAGAAUCACGGAACCUUGGUGAUGCACUAUCUACAAGCGAUCUCGUCAAGGAUCACCCUAGGAGUGGAGCUGGCCUGUCUUCGCGGUUCUAAAGUACCCGGCGGUCAGCAGACAGUUAUGUGUGCCGCCUUCCGAUACAGCACCGGUCUAACAACUCUGUCCGGUACUCUUGGCGAGGCGGGUCUACAUCUAUGCUACCAUCACAAGGCUAGCUCACAAUUAGAACUUGGCGUUGAGCUGGAGACCAACAUGCGGACACAUCACUCGGUCGCUACAAUAGUCUAUCAAAUGAAUGUGCCCUACGCGGACCUAGUGUUUCGCGGAAUAGUCAACUCUAAGACUACCGUUGGCGCUGUUUUCGAGAAACGAUUGUAUCCUAUACCAGAGUCCUCGCUAGUCAUCAGCAGUCUACUGAAUCACAGUAAGCAACAAUUUCGCGUAGGCAUCGGUCUCAACAUCGGACAAUGAUAGCGGAGCACAUUUAUGUGUGCUGAACGCAUACGGUAUCAACGAAAUUGGCGUAAAAAAGGUUUUUAUUGUGUCUCCUAAAGCCUUUUCGUAUCUUUGCAACCAUCACAGUUCUUAAUAAUGUACAAACAACGUCCGAACCGAAGAAUUUGUAUGGUUGCACAAUUGCUGGAUAGCAUUCAUUAAAAUCAACAAACAAUGAACUAAA